GAAAUUACUGAAAAAUAUUUGUAUUAUAAAAUGUACAUUAAUUACAAUUAAUAAUAUUAGCAAUAAAUACACAAUAUUUGCAUUUAGCCCAAACAAGUACAAAGAUUUUUAAGAAUUAUUGGUCUAAAAUACGUUACUAGGAAAUAUGGCACAUUAUAAGGGAGCUGCCAGUGAAGCUGGUAGAGCAAUGCAACUAAUGAAAAAGAGAGAAAUUGCUCAGCAAGAAAUAGAAUUAAGAAAAAAGAAAAUAGAAGAUGACCUAAAAAUUCAUAACAUAGAGAACAAAUUUGCAACACACUACAAUGCUGUUGAACAGCAGUUAAAAACAUCUACUAUUGGUUUAGUUACCUUAAAUGAAAUGAAAGCAAAACAAGAAAAUAUAGUAAAAGAACGGGAAAGAAAAUUAGCACAAAAGGAACGUGAAAAAGAACAGGAAAAAGAAAGGGCACUUGCUGCAAAACAAGCUGAAAAAAAUAAGCAAAAAAAACAAAUACAAGCUCUAUCUUUUAAUUUAGAUGAAGAUGAUAUAGAACUUUCUGAAGAGGAAACAGAAUUAAAAUCAGAUACAUUGAAAGAUGAAGAUAUUGGACCAGUAGUGAAAAAAAUUAAAAAGAAUCCAGAUGUGGAUACAAGCUUCCUACCUGACAGAGAAAGAGAAGAAGAAGAAAACAGAUUAAGAGAAGAAUUAAGACAAGAGUGGGCUAGAAAACAAAAUGCACUAAAAGAAGAAGAGAUUGAAAUUACUUUUAGCUAUUGGGAUGGUUCUGGGCACAGAAGAAGUGUUAUUAUGAAAAAAGGUAAUUCUAUUUAUCAACUUCUUCAGAGAUGUCUAGAAGUUUUAAGACGUGAAUUCAGUGAACUUAAAACAGUUAUGGCUGACCAGUUAAUGUAUGUUAAAGAAGAUCUUAUUUUGCCACAUCAUUAUACAUUUUAUGAUUUUAUUGUAACAAAGGUAAAUUUAUUAUAAACAGACUACAUCCAUGUGAAACAUUGUAAAAAUAAAAAAUUGGUUAAUUUUUGAUCAGGCAAAUUAAUUAUACUUAAUUUCAGGUCUUGGUAUGAAAGAAAUAAACAUAUAUUUCCCGCUAGUAGAUGGGAACCUUUUGAUCCAACAAAAAGUUAUGACAAAUAUACAGUAUCAGAUAAAAAUAGGAAGAAAGAUAAAAUUUAA